AUGCUCAUAUUGGCAAUUGUUUUCGUAACCGACCUCUUGGUUUGGGCCCUCGUCUCUCUCGUCGUACUAUCGACUCUGACUGUAUCAACGUCGGUUUGUCCAAGUCACUGCAAGCGCCCCGCGGUCAGAAAGGAAUGGUGCACGCUGUCACUACGAGAAAGGAAGGAAUGGAUCACUGCUGUCAACUGUCUGGCAACCCUACCUCACGAUGAAACUUUGACUCCUAUGGUUAAGCCAAGCAACAUAGUCGGUGUGAAUGCUUCUGGUUCAUACUACGAUGACAUUGUGCACAUGCACAUGGAUAUGAACCACAAGAACGCUCUAAAAGACAAAUGCGGUUACAAGAGGACCUCUCCCUAUUGGAAUUGGGCGUCCGAUUCAAGCGACGUAAACAGGUCUACCAUCUUUGAUCCUGACCCAGAAAACGGUCUUCACAUCGGUGUCUAUACUACGUUCCGACUCUCGUAUCCGUCUUACCAUCCUUUGCGACGAAACUUCACGAUACAGCCAUAUCUAGGGUUAUCCUCAGACUUUUUCCCUAAUCAAGAGCUCUUGGCCAAUAGCAGUUUCACGCCGGAAGUGGUCCACGAUCUAGUAUACGGAUAUGUGGGCGAUUUCAAGGGGUUUCAAACGAGUUUCGACAACCUCGGAGGCGUCUGUCCAUCAGAUUCUACCGUCUGUCAACCCGGUCCGACGUUGUCUGCGAGUGAACCGAUAUUUUGGCUACAUCAUGCGACGGUCGACAAAGUUUGGUAUGAUUGGCAGAAUGCGAAUGAGGCCAAUGCACGAGCGUUUGAAGGUGGAAGCAGUUUCCCCAAUGGUGGCCCUCCGAAUCUUCAUAUGGAUUCGAUCACCACUGGUGAAGGCUUAUUUGAUAAGUUUAUUAUAAGUGAUGUUAUCAGCACCACAGACGGGAUUCUGUGUUAUUCAUAUGAGUAA